CAGAGCAUCUUGACCAUUGGCAGCAGGUUUCAGCUCCAGCGCGCACAUGGCAAAAGGAUGGAGAGGAAGGGUUUGAGGAGGAGGCCUUGGAAAGUGAUAAGCCCGCACGGUUGUGCAGGACAUGUAUAGGUUGACAGGAAAUGAUUAUGUUUUCUUCUGCUCUAGAAAUCACAGUAAGUACGCAGGCACCUUCAACGUGUCGUGGCGAUAUAUGAAUGCAGGCAUAAUAAAACAAAAUGUACUGGGUGCCAUGCGCAUAAAAAACAUGCACUGAGUGAGGCCUUAGCUGUGUGCCACUGGAUUUUACGCAAAAAUGUGUAAUAGGUUAUGACGCAAGAGCUUCUGAUGCGUUUCCAUGCAAUUCCUGCGCAACCGUGCGUCUCUAACUUCGCUCUAAUGAGGCGGUUUGGUGUGUUCUGUCUGUAACUCCACAGGAAUGACCUGAUGACAGGUGUCUACCUAAUUUAGUGUUCUGACUUUGACACUGAUGCACGCACGCUUAGAACCUGCCUCAGAAAAAACAACAACAACAAAACACAAACGUGGCUCAGCCCGUAUAUACCAGACUCAAAUCUCAACACAUCACGCGAGACAACUCCUCACUGGAAGUGUGAAACACGGCACUGUGAAAGUUUCAAUAAGAUCACAUUCUGGGUAAUAAAUUGGGAAAUACUGCGGCAAUUACUCCUCGGGAAUGUAGCGCGCGCACAAGCAGCUGAUUUACCACAACACAGUCUGUAAUUCAAGCGGCCGCUGGCAACAUUUGUGCCUCUUGUAUCAACGCUGUGUAAUUCCAUCAAUUAAAUUCUGGUAAUGGCAUUCUCUUUUUUGUAUCUAGAGAAUGAGAGCACCACUGAAACAGUCUGAUAUUGCGAGAAUCAGAAGAUGAACUUCCAUUUUCUAGCUGUCUACCUGCUCCACCCUCAGUGAUUGGUGGGUUCAGGCCUUUAUGUGGAACUGGGUUUAAACUGAGUCUUUUUUUGGGGUCUAAUCGCUGCACUUCAGGCCAUCUUGCUUUUUACGAGCCCCGGCUGUUCUACAAGGCCGAGCUUAACCUUCUCUCACAACUUAUCCCUCGUUAGAAGAACCCUCCCUCCGUACCUUUGCUAAAACAGGCAGGGAGGAUCAGCAGCCGUAUGGAAAACAGGGCGAAAAUGGCAAUUAAAUACCGGCCGAGAAUGAGGCGUUUACGGCCUCCGGUCGCGCAAAAGGGCGCGUCGUAAAAAGAAAAAGAAAAAAAAGAAGCCCUCCGUUCUGUCUCUAUCUGCCGCGAGGACGUAAACAAGCAAACAUGGCCCCCUCCGCUUUAUGGAGCCUCAUAGUUUGUUAAAGCGUUUACAGCCACUUUGUCCUGGGAUAUUACCCUCCCUAGUCCUCCUUACGUGUUUAUGGGGAGCAUAUUUAUGAAAGUUUACCAUAAUCGGGAAGCAGCGGCUCGCAGCUGACCAGCAGCAGCAGAAGCAUCCAUGAAUGUAAGAGAGGCUCUCACAACUAAAUUUGGGGGCUUUUAAAAACCUCAAUUACAUUUAUAGUCGGGCACUUGUUAAAAGCCACAUCAUUUAGAGAGUCGUCUACAACCAUGUCUACUCUCUCUUUCUCUCUAGGAUCCUCAGUCCUCCACCUCCUCCCCCCCUUCAUAUCCCCAUGUUGCGUGACAUUUUGGGCCUCAUUCCCAUGCAGCCUCGCUCUCGUCUUAUAGGAUGCGGGGAGACAUGUGAAGCAGCAAUUAAUGAGAUAGAGGGAGAGGAAGAAGCGAUGGAAACACCUCCAUUGCCUCAAUCUCAGCUUUUAAGUUUAGAAAAAAAACAAUAAAAAUGCCCCCUUUUGUUUGGGUUGGAAAGAGUUAUUGCUGUGUGCACGUGCAUGUGUGCGUGCGCGCGUGCUUAUGUACAUUUGAUCACAUGCGAAGCCGCGGAACUCUCAUCAUGCAUCCAAUCCAACCCCCAAUCUCUCUUUCUUUUUCUUUUUUCUCCUCCUCCUUCUUCUCCUCUGAGUCUCUCCAUCCUUCACUCCCGUUGCACUAUCACAGGCGCGCGCGCGACGCCGAGGGAGAAUCUCAUCUAAGCGUCCAACACAGGCGCGUGUGGCCAGAGGCGUAAAGAAGAAGAAGAAAAAAAAAACAGAAAAAGAAAAAGUGUAAUGGGUUCUCUGUGUGUGUGUGUGUGUGUGUGUGUGUGUGUGUGUGUGCGCGUGCUGGUGCGCGGAAAAAGCCAAUGGGAUGAAGAGCUGAUAAUAGAUGCAAAUUAUCCCUGAAUCCGACUCACACACACACACACACACACACACACACACACACUAGGACCAGGAGGAGAGAGAGAUAGAGAGGGGGGGUUGCUCACCACACAGAGGGAGAGAGAGGAAAGGAGAACAAGAGGGCGAGAGAGAGAGAAACAGAGCGAGAGAGAGAGAGAGAAAAAAUAUGAAACAACUCAUUUGCAGAGGAGUAAAUCACGGAAAACCCGUUUGAGAGCGCGACAGGGCUCCCGCUUUACAGCGCUAACACCGGAAUUGUGAUGCGCACGAGCCCUUCCUACUCUACUUUUUCUUCUUCCUCUCCUCUUCCACCUUCUUCCUCUUCUUUUUCUUCUUCUUCUUCUUCUUCUUGUUGUUCUUCUUCCUCGCUGGAGAUUUUAUGGAAUCGGUGUGAUUGUUGUUGUUGUUGUUAUUGUUGUUGUGGUGGUGGUGGUGGUGGUUGUGGUGGCUGCACUGGCUGUGCCGCCGUUUCUGUUACUCACAGCGCUGUUGUGGCCGCGAGAGAGCGGGGAGAAAGACCACAACAACGGUGACCGACACCGGCGGCAGACCUGCCUCACUUUCUCCCAGUCUCCCUCCCCUCCGUCUCCCUCUGUCUCCGUGUGUGUGUCGGUGGUUUUUUUUUUUGCCUCAAACCGCACAACACACGCAAAAAGGGAGGACAAAACAGAACCGAAAGCCGCCGGUCGCUUCCUUCAGCCCCGCUGUGACUCUGCCGAGCCGAAUACAAACUGAAACAACAACAGACAACAAGAGAAGAUGAGUUCAUAUUUCGUCAACUCGCUCUUCUCCAAAUAUAAAAGCGGGGACUCGUUACGCCCGAACUACUACGAGUGCGGUUUCGCACAGGACUUGGCCGGCAGCCGGCCCACCGUUGUGUACGGCCCGGGCUCCGGCGCUACCUUCCAGCACGCCCCGCAGAUCCAGGACUUCUACCACCACAGCGCCUCCACGCUGCCCAGCAACCCGUAUCAGCAGAGCCCCUGCGCGGUCACAUGCCACGGCGAACCGGGCAACUUCUACGGAUACGACGCCCUGCAGCGACAGACGCUUUUCGGGGCCCAGGACACGGAUCUGGUCCAGUACAGCGACUGUAAGCUCGGGGGCGCACCGGGGAUCGGCGGCGAGGACGCGGAGGGAACCGAGCAGAGCCCCUCACCCACGCAGCUGUUUCCCUGGAUGAGGCCGCAAGCUGCGGGCAGGAGGCGUGGCCGGCAGACCUACAGCCGUUACCAGACCCUGGAGCUGGAGAAGGAGUUCCUAUUCAACCCCUACCUGACCCGGAAGCGCCGCAUCGAGGUGUCGCACGCGCUGGCGCUGACGGAGCGGCAGGUGAAGAUCUGGUUCCAGAACCGCAGGAUGAAGUGGAAGAAGGAGAACAACAAGGACAAGUUCCCCAGCAGCAGGAGCGAGCAGGAGGCGGUGGAGCGGGAAAAGCGGGAGAAGGAACUGCGGGAGGGCAGCGGAAGUGGAGGAGAAGGUGGAGGAGGCGGCGGCAGUGGAGGAGGAAGCUCGGUGGCGGUGGUCGCGGUGGCGGUGGCGGCGGGUCCACUGCAGCCCCCCGCAGUGAUUGAGGAUUGCUGCGAGAAAACCCACAAGCAAAUGUAGGAAGGAAAAUGGUGGA